GGCUCCUUUUCCUGUGUGAGUUGCAUGUCGGGAGCGCGGAAAAGAGGCCCGGGUUGCAAGAAGCUCCAUCAGCAAUGUAAGGGAUGGAAAAGUGACUAUUGGAAGCAUGUGCAUUUGGAACCAAAGGGAGAAAAGCGGUGUGAUUUUUUUCUACAUGUGUGCAAGAGGACUGAGCACACCUACAUUCAAACAUGCCUUCAGCCCAUCUUAAUUCUGCUUCCCAUCGGAAUAUGUCCGUUCUUUGCCGCCUGCUCCUCUGGGCAGAGAAGAGGCGCUGGGAUGGAUUUGGUGGAUGGAGGAGGAGUUAUUCCCAAGGAAGUAAGCCCGAUCUUAAUAAGCAAGUGGGGGAAAUGGACCAUCUAAAAAAUAAAGAACAAAGACAAAAGCGGUUGUGGAAGAAGAUGGAGGCUAUUGAAGCUAAGAUGGCUGCUGGGCUCAAGGAACCUUCAAAUCAAGACAAGACCCUUUCCUCAAAAAACAUAGUGGAAUAUGACAUACCAACUAUAGCCGGACAGAAAAAAGAUACCUCAGCACCUUUGCCCACUUCCUAUAGUCCACGUUAUGUUGAAGCUGCUUGGUAUCCUUGGUGGGUGAAAGAAGGUUUUUUUAAACCAGAAUGCCAGCAACACCUGCCCCACAGGAAGCCAGAAAUGUUUUCUAUCUCUCUCCCGCCACCUAAUGUCACAGGAUCCCUUCACCUGGGGCAUGCCUUGACUGUGGCUAUUGAAGAUGCUUUGGUACGAUGGAGACGAAUGCAAGGCUAUCGAGUUCUGUGGCUUCCAGGUUCUGAUCAUGCUGGAAUUGCAACUCAGGCUGUGGUAGAAAAAAAGAUCUGGAAAGAACGGGGAGUUUUGCGGCAAGAUCUCUCACGCGAUGAAUUUCUCCAAGAAGUUUGGAAGUGGAUUGAGGAGAAAGGGAAUGAAAUAUUCAAGCAGCUGAAAGAGAUGGGAGCAUCUUUGGACUGGGACAGAGCGUGCUUCACUAUGGACUCAUGUUUUUCUCAAGCUGUGACAGAGGCCUUUGUGCAACUUCACGAACAAGGCCUGAUAUAUCGAGACAAGCGCCUGGUAAACUGGUCUUGUGCCCUGCAGUCAGCCAUUUCUGACAUUGAGGUGGAGAAUAGACAGAUAGAACGACGGACAAAGCUCUCUGUGCCGGGACUUGAGGACAAAGUGCUGUUUGGAGUAUUGGAGACACUUGCUUACAAAGUAGAAGGAGAGGAAAGCAUGGAACUUCUUGUGUCUACCACCCGCCCUGAGACAAUGUUUGGUGACGUGGCCGUCGCCAUUCACCCAGAUGACUCGCGCUAUUUGGCUGUGGAAUCUGGAUCUUUGAAGCUCAUGCCCCAAUUUUAUGAGAAAAACUGGAGGACUUGGCUCUUGAACAUCAAUGACUGGUGUAUUUCUCGACAACUGUGGUGGGGUCAUCAGAUUCCAGCCUACCGGGUCAUGAUUCCUGGGUCACCUGAGCUAGAAGAGCAGAAGGAGAGCGAUGGGUUAUGGGUAGCGGGCAGGACGGAAGCAGAAGCUCGGACGAAAGCAGCUGCCCUGCUGGGAAAAUCUGAACAGCAGCUGGAGCUGGUGAGAGAUGCUGAUGUCUUGGAUACUUGGUUCUCCUCCAGCCUUUUCCCUUUUGCUGCUUUGGGCUGGCCCCACAAGACAGAAGACCUCCAGCAAUUCUUUCCCAACAACCUUUUGGAGACUGGGAGUGAUCUUCUGUUCUUUUGGGUCGCCCGGAUGGUGAUGCUGGGAAAACAGCUAACCGGAGAACUGCCUUUCUCUCAGGUGUUCCUUCACUCCUUAAUCCAUGAUGCUCAUGGCAGGAAAAUGAGCAAAUCUCUUGGGAAUGUUAUUGACCCCUUGGAUGUUAUUCAUGGGGCCUCUUUGCAGGUCCUACAGCAGAAACUAAAAGAUAGCAAUUUGAGUCCACAAGAGCUUGUCAUUGGUUCAGAAGGCCUGCUUCAGAAUUUUCCUCAAGGAAUUGCUGAAAGUGGCUCUGAUGCCCUAAGGUUUGCUCUCUGCCGUUACGAUGCCCACGGAACCAGUAUUAAUCUAGAUAUGGCAGCCAUGGAAAAAGCCUCCCAUUUCUGUAACAAGGUGUGGAAUGCCCUAAAGUUUACUUCUGCAGCCUUGGGAGAAGAGUUUGCCCCGCUGGAUCCAGAGCAGGUCUUCCCAAGCUUUCCAAUGGACCAGUGGAUCUUGAGCCGUCUCUAUCACACAGCAGAAUAUUGUGCCCAGCACUUCGAGAACUACAAAUUGCAUUCUGUGGCCAAUGCUAUUUCUCUUUUCUGGGUGCAAGAUUUUUGCAGUACCUAUCUGGAAUCCGUCAAGCCCAUCCUGAGGUCUGGGGAUCCAGUCCGCCUUUUGUCUACUCAGCAGACUUUGUACAGUUGCGUAGACCUGGCACUACGCCUCCUGUCCCCCUUCAUGCCUUUCCUCACUGAGGAGCUGUGGCAGAGGCUUCCCAAGACACACCUGGAGACGUCUCCUAGUAUCUGUGUGGCCAGGUACCCGAGCCCUGAACAUCUGAGACAUUGGUGUAAUCCUGAGGAAGAGGCAAACUUUUUGUUAGCGCAGCAAAUUAUCCAAGUGAUACGCUCCAUGAAGGCAACUUACCAGCUAACCAAAGCUCGACCAACAGUGUAUCUGGCUUGCUCAGAAACAGCCCCCUGGGCUGCCUAUGAGAAAUAUCAGGAGCCAUUACAGACAUUGUCUUUGGCUGGAUCUGUGAAUCUUCUCCCCAAUUCUGAGGAAAUAGAUCUACCUCUGAACUGCCUGGCUGUGAAAGUCAAUGGCCAUACUAGCAUUUACAUGGAUCUGCAGGAUUUGGUGGAUCCUCACAAAGAACUCCUCAAACUAACAUUUCGGCAACAGAAAUUAAAGCAACGGCUGGCAAACCUCACAGAGAAACUUCAGAAGCAAAACUCCUUAAAAGCCAAAAUGAAUCAUGAGCAAAAGAUUUCCUUGCUUCGUUCAGAGCUGGAGCACGUAGAACAAGUGUUUGCCACUUUUCAGAAAAUGGCUGAAUAGCAGGAUGCUCAGCUGACUAAGGAGAACUAGUGGAUUUACCCUGUUCCAGGUAGCAGAAUUAACUCCAAAGAAGAGGAUGCUGAGCGUGAAGGCAGAUCCUGGAAGAGUUUAGGCAUCACCUUCUACGGUGGGAAUUACUCAGGUGUUUGUUGGCACCAGCCCAAUUUUAGAAGCAUCGGUGAUGAUGGAGGCUGGAAAAAAAAAUUAGAGCCAUCAUGGUGGCAUCUGCCAUGAAACCUUUUUUUUUUCCAGAUGAAUGCAUUGCUUGGAAAUUGUUGGGACAGAUUAUUUAAACAAGGACAUGAAUGUCUGAAAUGUGUCAUGGUUUAUUGCUCUAAUUCUCUAAUAAAGAGGAAAUGGGCAUUGUAUUUUCCCCCUAGGGAUAACUUCCUUUCCAUUA